UAAGUGAUCUAAAGGGGAGACGAUAGGACAAAAAAAGUGAUGAUGAUGAAUACAUUGGAAAGUUUUUUGGCCCCGGCGCGGGUGUCAGAUUGAAUGGCCUGUGCGCAUGUGCGAAGGUGUCCAAACUGACAAUGCUGGUGAGAUGAAGAUAGUGUUGUUGCAGCUUCUGGGCUCACGGAGGACGACGAGAGGAAUCUACAAGCCGACAAGAUGAGAUCCAAGGCGAGGGCGAGAAAACUGGCGAAAAAUGACAGUGAGCCAGUGGACAGCAUGUACGACACAGAGGCCGACCUGCCAGGUUUAGCGCCGAGCAGUGGCGGUGGUGCCGACAGCCCAGAAGAUGACGCAGACGACAGCGUCAUCAACAUGUCCCCCCUGCCUUCACCGACCCCUUCCCAUCAAAACAACAACCACCACCACCUGCUGCACCCCCACAUUUAUGCCACCCACCACCACCACCACCUUCACAACAACAGCAACAGCAGCAGCAACGACCAGGACUUCACCACACCCAAAGAGGGCUCGCCCUAUGAGGCACCCGUCUACAUUCCAGAUGACAUUCCCAUUCCCAGCGAACUGGAGCUGCGGGAGUCCUCUGUGCCCGGGGCUGGCCUGGGCGUUUGGGCCAAGAGCCGAAUUGGUGCGGGUGAAAGGUUUGGUCUGCACAGUAUGCUGCAUCAUGGGGCCAUGGGCAAAGACAGCUCCUUUGGAUGGGAGCAGAUGAUGAAUGAUCACGUUGAAGCCUCACCUGACAGUUGCAUCAAAAAGGUGGUCAACGACAUGGGCAACAUCAAGUUUGCGCUGGACACAAGCCUGGAUGUCGCUAGCAACAGCUGGCUCAAAUACAUCCGCUCUGCGCCGACAUUCGAGGAGCAGAACCUUGCCGCCUGUCACCUCACAGGGGACCAGAUUUAUUAUAAAGCAGUCCGGGACAUUGAAGCAGGGGAGGAGCUUUUAGUGUACAUGAAGGACGGUAUUUUCCCUGAGGGAUCCAUGGCACCCAACCUACAAGAUGAGCAGAUGUAUCGCUGUGAAGACUGUGAUGAGCUGUUCUCCUCCACUCUCGAGUUGCGGCGGCACCAGAAGUAUUCAUGCUCCAGUAGUGGCUCGAUCUUUGACCAACUUAGAGACGACUUCAAACAGGAACGUGAGGACAGCGAUGAGCCCGUCCACGAGUGUAAAGACUGUGAGAAGAUCUUCCCAAAUGAGUACAGUCUGGGCCAACACAUGAUAGUCCACACAGAGGAGAGGGAGUAUAAGUGUGACCAGUGCCCCAAAGCCUUCAACUGGAAGUCCAACCUCAUCCGUCACCAGAUGUCACAUGACAGUGGCAAGCGCUUUGAGUGUGAAAACUGUGAUAAGGUACAGCAUACCCGGCACGUGUUCACAGAUCCUAGUAACCUUCAGCGUCACAUCCGCUCCCAGCACGUGGGGGCCCGCGCUCACACGUGUCCUGAGUGUGGCAAGACCUUUGCCACAUCGUCAGGCCUUAAGCAGCAUAAGCACAUCCACAGCAGUGUCAAACCCUUUAUCUGCCCUGAUGGGCUGCGUCUUUUUGCUCCCCCAGGCGAGGUGUGCCACAAAUCCUACACCCAGUUCUCCAACCUCUGCCGCCACAAGCGUAUGCAUGCUGACUGCCGUACCCAGAUCAAGUGUAAGGACUGUGGGCAGUUGUUCAGCACUACCUCCUCCCUCAACAAGCAUCGCCGCUUCUGUGAGGGCAAAAACCAUUAUGGCUCUCCAGCUGGGAUGUUUAACCCUGGCAUCCCCAUGAGCUCUAGCCCCAUCAUGGCCAAGGCCAAGUCCCACCAUCCCCACCUUACAGGUCUAAGCCAGUCAAGUUUAGGCUUCACUGAAUACUUUCCCUCCCGACCUCACCCUCACGCUGGCUUGCCCUUCUCCCCAGGACCCCAUGGCUUCCCCUCCCUCCCACAUGGUUUCCCAGGUAUCUUCCCCCCAUCACUGUAUCCCAGACCUCCUUUAUUGCCAGCCAGUCCGUUGAUAAAGAGCCCGCUUGGCAGCAGCAGUCAGGAGGUGAAGCUCCCGAGGAGUCCCCUAGAUGCCCCUCCUCUGUCCCUGGUAAGCUCCACAAAUAGCAAUGGGGGUAACAGUUUGAGUCAGCUGGAUGAGAAGGAGAACAAACUAGACUUGUCUUCUAGUGGAGAAGCCAAGCCAAAAUCCAAGAUGGUUGACAUGUCUGAUGGUAGUGACCUUGAAGACGUUAAUACAACAAGUGGGACAGAUCUGGACACCACCACUGGUACGGCUUCAGGUGAUGGGUCUGACCUGGAGAGCGAUGGAGAGAGUGAACGUGAGAGAAGUGGUAAAAGAAGGAAGUCCUCUGGGGCUGUAUCGAGUCAAGAAGGCCACCAGUUAGAAGAAACAAACAGCGGAUUGAUAUCAGCCGUAUCUAGUUCUGGGAACCACGCUAUCGAUCGUCCCUUUCUUUCUUCAUCCCAGCACUCCUUUUUCCCACCACCUGAUGAGCAAGCCCUCCCGCCCACUACCACAAAUGCCAAUGCAGCCACCACAGAUUCUAUUAAAGCCAUUGCUUCUAUUGCGGAGAAAUAUUUUGGUCCAGGUUUGAUUGGUCUUCAUCAGGAGAAGAAGAUGGGUCCAUUGCCCUAUCAUUCCAUGUUCCCCUUCCAGUUCCUUCCCAACUUCCACAACUCCCUCUAUCCUUUCAGCGCCGAUCGCGGUGCCCUCAAUCCUAGCAUGUUCUUCAAGGCGGAGCCCAAGUCACCCCGCGAGCAGCUGCACAAGAUGGUCACCGCAGGAGCUCCUACCUCCACAGCAGAAUCCCCAUUUGAUCUCACCACGAAACCUAAGGACACAAAGAUCGCUCCUCCAACCCCGACAAACCCUUCAAACCCCAACUCUAGCAGUGGGAGCAGUAGUGGACCCUUAGCGAUAUCUAGCAGUGAAGAACAGCCAUUAGACCUCAGCAUUGGCAUCCGGAGCAGAGGUGGUCAUAAUGGUGUGGCAGCUGAUUCACAAAAUAGAAAGAACCACAUGUUCGGAAUCGGAAAGGGGGUUUGUAUAAAGGAUGAAACCCCAGCUGGGUUUCCACACCCCCACCCCCAGUUAUUGCACCAACCUUCCAUCCCACAACAUCAGCAGCCGCAGGCACAUCCACACCAGCCACCACCACUGCACUAUGCCAAGCCCUCAGCAUUCUUCAUGGACCCCAUAUUCAGCAGGGUGGAGAAGAGGAAGCUCCUGGACCCUGUAGGAGCACUGAAGGAAAAAUUCCUCAGGCCCUCGCCACCACUCUUCCAUCCACAGAUGUCAGCUAUGGAGAACAUGACAGAGAAGCUGGAGAGCUUUGGCGCUCUGAAACUGGACGCGCCGCCCAAUUCACUGCAACAUUCUGCUCAUCCACUGUUCAACUUCAGAUCCCCUCCACCUUCCCUCUCAGAAGCCAUCCUUCGCAAGGGCAAAGAGCGUUACGCCUGCAGGUAUUGUGGGAAAAUAUUCCCGCGCUCAGCAAACCUCACCAGACACUUGCGGACACACACAGGGGAACAACCCUACAGGUGUAAAUACUGUGACCGCUCGUUCAGCAUCUCAUCCAAUCUUCAACGCCAUGUUCGUAACAUCCAUAACAAGGAGAAACCCUUCAAGUGUCACCUCUGCAACCGCUGCUUCGGUCAGCAGACCAACCUAGAUCGACAUCUCAAGAAGCACGAGCACGAGAACAUUCCUGUGAGCCAACAGUCUGGGAUGCUUUCCAACCUAGGAACCACCAUCUCCUCCCCGAACUCCGAGCCAGACAAUCAUGCACUUUUAGAUGAGAAGGAGGACUCAUACUUCUCAGAAAUCCGUAACUUCAUUUCCAAUAGUGAGAUGAACCAGGCCUCCAGCUCCACCGAUAAGAGAUCGGACCAGACUGAGGAGGAGCGCCCGCCCAGCCACAGUUUGUCUAACUCCAAGCUAGGGCUCCAUGGGCUGGAGGAGGAGGAAGAAGAAGUGGAGGGAGACGAUGAAGAGGAGGAGGAAGGCAGCCUUACGGAGAAGUCUCAUGACGAGGCGCCCGAGUCCCCAUCUCCACUCACAACAGGGGUGUAUGAGGAGGACGAGGAGGAGGAAGAGACAACUCCAUUAGCUAUGAGCUACGAACACACGCGCAGGUGUAUAGAGGAGGAGGGCUCUCUUUUGGACCUGGAGGGUCUGCCCAGCUUUCCCAAGAGCCUGGAGGGGUUACGUAAAGCAGCCAGUGACGAGCAACCCUUUGAUGUUAAAGACAUAUUUAACACUUCACUAGAGUCGGAGGCACUGAAAGAGACACUGUACAGGCAGGCUAAAACCCAGGCUUAUGCAAUGAUGCUGUCACUGUCGGAGAACAACCCUUUGCACGCGCCCUCCCAGAACUCUCUGGACGCUUGGCUGAGCAUGGGAGGUGGAUCGUCAGAGACGAGCAGCUUUCACCCACUCAACCACAUCUAGACGAGAGACAGAGAGAAGAAGUGGGAGAAUGAGUAACAGGAACAUUAGUUUUGCGAAUGGAUAGAAGCAAGAGUCUGCUUGGACUUGAGUAGUGAGAAAAUGUGGACACAAGAGAAGAAUUUGAGGUUGAUUACAUUCAAGAUGGAAAGAAUAUGUUUGUUGUGUGUGUGCGUGUGUGUGUGUGUGUGUGUGUGUGUGUGUGUGUGUGUGUGUGUGUGUGUGUGUGUGUGUGUGUGUGUGUGUGUGUGUGUGUGUGUGUGUGUGAGUGUGUGAGAGAGAGAGGGGUAGGAGGGAGAAAUUGUUCCCAGGUGAGGCCUCUCAUAAGACUCUGUCAAAGAGAAAGCACUGCGAAGCUCCUGUUGAUGUGAAGGACAUGGUGAAUGCUUAUCAACAGCAUUGAAACUCUGCGUUACUCUGAUCCUCCCCGAGUCGACCAGGCUCACUGCAGCCCCAGAGAUCUGAUGUAAGGCUCUCAUAAAGACACUUAAUGACUAGUAUGUCUCUAAAGUCUUUGUACAAUGCCUACUUUAAGCACUGCAGCAAAAGCACUGCAUUAGCACUGCAUGUCCACAGGGUGGUGCUGUUUCACUAGGAACAUAGUGGGUGUGUGCACUAAUGUCUCCAGGUUUUCCCAUCAAUCAUGGGCAACUCAUUUACUGAUCUUGUUUCAGCUAUAACUGCAAAAUCAACAAUAGCACCACACUAACUGUUACUUGAGGAAGUGACAAUUCCAGUAAACUGUUGAUUUUCUAAUGAUUACACGGAGAAUGAUGUCCAAAUGUGCACAACAACUGGUGAUUUACUAGCCAUUUCAACUGGUUACCCAAUUUGAUCAUGCUGAUAUGAAUUUAAAUCAUACUCAAAAAUGAGAAAAGUCUUUCUCUGCUUAUUUUAUCGUCAUCGUUUAAUUGUAUUUACUUUUCCCUCUUAGAUACCACAGUAUUGUUUCUUUGUAGGCACCACAGUGCUAAAUUGUUAAUAUAAUUAUUUUAGAGAAGGACCAAAAUUGUAUGAUAUUGUCAUAUGAUGUACAAAAUAACCUAGAUGUUCAUAGCAAGAGUGGUAUGUGCCAAAUAACCCAUAGAAAAUGUUUUGUUCUCUGACAAUCAUUUCAUUUCCAAGGGGCUUGCCUUUGCUGUCAUUUUUUUUCUUUUUACACUCUUAAAUUUGAUUUCAGAAGUGUGUGUAUGUAUUUAUUUUUGGUUGUUUUGUCAUGACUGGAGGAGUGGAAAUGAAGGAAAGUCAUUUUGUCCCUCCGUUCUUGUUGCUGAAGGAAUGAACACCUAUCAGAGUGUGAGGGAGAUCUGAAUCUCUGGUUUUGAUGCGUAAGUGUGCCAAAAUGGUAAGAACCCAUGAAAUUAAUUGUUUUUAUUUAUAGUGGAAAAUAGCUGUAGUUAGUUUUAGAUCCAAUUUGGCAUUGUAACGUUCUGCAGUGUUUAGUUUUUUUUUUCUUCUUUCACUUCAACCAGUUUACCCAGAAUGCUGAAUGUGUCUUGCUCAAAUUGGUUCAGGUGUUAUUGAAGGGGGGAGGGGGGGUCUUGGACAACUUGAGCUAUGAAUGUCAACAAAGGGCAUUACAUUGUAAUUCUGUUGAAAUCUGACUUGUUUCUAUAACAUCAAGCACCCCUUUUCCCCUCUGUUUUCCAAGUUCUACAGAUAGUGUAACAAACACAUAUUCUUUUUAAACUAGUUGCCCGGUAUAGUCCUAAGAAUAAAAGAAAAAACAAAUUAACCUCCUUAUGAACAUCCGAUAUUCAUUCAAGUGACAAAACCUCUGGUAGUGCAAGACGGAAGAAUCUAACAUAAACAAAGAUUUAAGAGAACUACAGCUAAUGUUAAUAUGAGCAUCAAAACUCUGCUGGUCGGUCCUUUUAACACAUUCAAAAAUGUCUUCAUGAUUCUGGACAGGAAACACAGACAUUUGAACAUAAGUUGUACGUUCAUAUUUCCUGCUUGAUCAUAUUAGAAACUCAUUCCAUGUGGACUUCAAGGUAGCUGUGCCAUGGAGGGCAUGAGUCAUUUACUGUAGAUAGCUGUAGAUAGCUGCAGGAGGCAGAGGAGAGGGGAGCAUUGUUGAUCAUUGUUGCCUUGAUCCUCCCUGCGUACUGGGAUUUUUCAGAACUAUAGGCCUGAUGCUGUAUUCUCAAACCAGUACUUAAACCAUAUGGGUCCAAGCCAUAUAAUGAUCAGGCUUAGGUCUCUAGAACUUCAAACACAAACAUUUUCAGAUGAGUUUCACUUGGAGUAGAUGAGCAAAUCUUGCUCAACAUGGAGAUAUAAGAAAAUCUGAAACGCAAGCACUGUAAUUUUUCUUCACCACAGCAGGUGGUAGUAUGAUGCUACGACUGAUGCAUCAUCUCAUUUUUCUAAAGAAAGAAGUCUUUUUUAUAAUUCUACUGAAUGAUCUUUCAUUCAUGGUAAACACAUGUUUUCCCACUUGUGGUUAUAAAAUGUAAAGACUCCGAUUGUUAAGUUUUUAGUUUGACUAUAUGUAGUAAUUCAUGUCAUGGACUACUGUAAUAAGUACGCGCUGUGUAAAGCGAAGGAAUUAAAUGCAUUGAAGUUUUCUGGUUCUCCAACCUCAGAAAGUAUUCUGGCAGAUGGUUGCUGAAAUAUGUUUCAGCAUUAUAGAACAUGGUUGCUGCCCCCUCCCCCCCCCCCCCCCCCCCCCCCCCCCCCCCCCACUGUUACAGGAGAAAGUAAAAAUAUACACAUUGUUUCUUUUUAACUGUAUAGUAUUCUAAAGAAUGAAAAACAAUGAUGCAUUUGUCUGAAGAAAAAAAAAGCAUUGAAAAAUAUGGGUUUAAAUGAAUGGUGCUUGUUUUGUUUGGAUCUGAGUUGUAUAUCUCCUCUGUUAUGUUUAUUGAAAACAAAAAAAAGAUAUUGUGCAUGACGUGUUUAGCAGUCAUAAUGAUGUCCAUUUGUGAAAUGCGUAUCAAAUCAAAAAAAAAAGAAAAAAAGAAGAAAAAAAUAAAUCCGUAGAUGCACUUAUUGUACAUGUGAUUAGGUUAGUAGGUUUGACUUCAAGUUCUUGACUGCCUUACAGGUGGCUCUGAAAGACAUAGAUAAGACUUGUGGUACAAGACUUAAUGAAAAAAAAACAAUUAAGGAUUGUAGAAUAAUAUUGAACAAUUCUGAAAAUUGCAGUUCUUUUGAUGCUUGUGAUUAUUGAAGAUGUACUUUAGAGAAAAUUCAUUGAAAAGAUAUGACUGAUGUUAAUUCUGUAGAAUAGCAAUGUAUACCAAAUGUAAUCUUUCCAAUGCUAUGAAGAAUUUAUACAUGAAAUUGAUAUGCAAUAAAACCUGUGUGCUUUUUAAA